AUGGAGAAGCUAAAGAAAAAGUUAGAACCAGAAACAAGCCAAAGUCAAAUUGAUAAUUCAAAGGUUGAAGCUCUAGCUUCUGCUUCAAAAGCACAAACACUUAAGGAAGAAGGUAACAAGUUUUUUCAGAAGAGAGAUUUUGAAGCUGCAAUGCUUAGAUAUACGGAAGCUAUCAAGUUACUUCCUAAGGAUCAUGUAGAGGUUUCUCAUAUUCAGUCCAACAUGGCUUCAUGUUAUAUGCAUUCAGAACCAGGAGAGUAUACCAAAGCUAUCUAUGAAUGUGAUUUAGCACUUAGUAUCACUCCUGAUCACACCAAGGCAUUGUUGAAGAGAGCAAGAUGCUAUGAGGUUUUGAAUAAAUUAGAUUUGGCUUUGAGAGAUGUUUGUAUGGUUUCUAAACUUGAUCCAAACAAUCCCAUGGCCUCAGAGAUUGCUGAGAAGCUUAGGAAGACUUUAGAGAGCAAAGGGUUAAGGGUCAAUGAUGAUUCAGUGAUUGAGCUGUCUCCGGAUUACGUUGAACCUAUUGAGGUUUCUCCUGUGCUGUGGGCUGAAGAACUUAAGGAGAGAGGGAAGAAGAACAAAAAGAGCAAGCAAGUGCUAGAGAAGAACAACAAUCUUGAAUCUGAAAAGGGCAAAGAAAAGAUUAUUGAUAAGCAGAGUAAAAAGAAAGUGAAAGGGAAACAAGAGGAGAAAGUUAUAAUUGAGGAUAAAAGUAUCAGAGAUGUGAAGUUUGUGUAUUCUGAGGACAUUAGAAUAGCUGAGUUGCCUUUAAACUGCACUCUCUUUCAGCUUAGGGAGGUUGUUCAUGAGCGUUUCCCAAACUUAAGAGCUGUUCAUAUAAAGUACAAGGACCAAGAAGGAGAUUUGGUGACAAUCACAACAGAUGAAGAGCUGAGAAUGAGUGAGGUAUCAGCAGAAAGGUCACUGGAGACUAAGAGGUUCUAUGUGAUGGAAGUGAGUCCUGAUCAGGAUCCCUUUUACGGAAGGUUAGUUGAGAUGAAAAAGCUCAAAACUACAGCUGAUUCUUUCAAAACAAAGGUAAAUGGUAAAGGUAAGUGUAAAAUUGAAGACUGGAUGGUUGAGUUUGCUAGGCUUUUCAAGAUCAAGGCCAAUGUUGAUUUUCAUACAUGCUUGAAUCUUCAAGAACUUGGGAUGAAAAUGAACUCAGAAGCUAUGGAGGAGGUGGUAACCUCUGAUGAAGCUCAAGGGCCUUUCGACAGAGCAGCUCAGCAGUUCCAAGAAGUGGCAGCAAGAUCAUUGUUAAAGCUGGGAAACGUGUACAUGACAAGGGCAAGGAAAAGGUUGAGCCUCCUACGAGGUGGUUCCGAACAAGUUGAAGCUGCUUAUCAAUGCGCUCAAAGGGAUCAAAUGAAAGCAAAAGAGAUGUACCAAGAGGCAAUGCGAAUAAAACCAAAUUUGUUUGAAGUACUUAUGGCUCUAGGUCUCCAACAGUUUGAGGAAGCAAGACUCUCAUGGUAUUAUGUAAUUGUCAGACACCUUGAUUUGAAAACAUGGCCAUAUGAAACUGUGGUACAGCUUUAUCGAAGUGCAGAAAGGAACAUCAAAAGAGCUAUGGAAGGGUUGAAAAAUCAAGCUAGCCCAACAGAUGAAGCAGCAAAGUUAAAAAAGUCUUGGCUAGAUGUCUUAUCAUGUGCUCUACUUUAUGAGAGAUCAAUCAUGGAGUACAAACUUGACUUACCAACCUCCCAAGAGAAUUUAGAAGCUGCAGUGAAGAUGUUUGGAUCUGAGGUUUCACAUGGAAGAGAUAAUACAGAUAUUUAA